AUGGCACUCUCCUGCCAAGGCCCUGUGGAGGACAAACCAGAGAGGAUCCAAGUUGUCGAUUUGGAAAAGACAGUUAAAGAAUGGGCUUUGAACCACUUCAAAAAGUACACAAAUGUGAAGCGAAAAAAUAUGGAUAUACAGAUAAACUGGAACGACGUUGACAGUAGGAGUGAAAUGGUCUUCUGCGCAGACGUAAAGUCGGAUAAUGGAACAGAAAAUGAAAUCUCCAACGAGUCACAUUCUACUGGCCACGAUAACUGGCUCAAUCAGCAUGUCCUAUUCAGCAUGGAAUAUGUAAAUGACACGAAUGCGAAACAGGAAUACACGUUUCAUACGGAUCGUACAACCCGGAGGGUUUUCGAGAUUGAGAAGUCCAAAGGGUUCUCCUGCAGGAAAGAAGUCGGAAUAAAGCUACAGGUACCACAGUAUUUCACUAAAACACUUUUAAUGUUUCGGUUUAUUGUUAGUUACAAAUAGUAAUUGACAUUUCUUGAAUAAUGUCGUAUCUUUCUGUUCUGGAGUACGCAAAGUUGAAAUAUACAUUAGCCAAUGUUGUUCACGACAAGUCCGGCUAUAAAUUAAAUGCCAAACGAUAUUGACAGCUUUUUAAUUUCCUCGGAAAUUAACUGCUAACUUGGAGUUCAUCAGUCUGUUCUAGGUCUAUAGGAUCAGACCAAAGUUUUUAUGUAUGAGUGGACUUCGGCAUAAAUAUUCAUACGUGAAAACCUCGCUUCGGACCUAUAGACCUAGAAUAAGCUGAUCUACUCCAACCUUACAGUUAAUUUCUGAGGAAAUUAAAGAGCAGCAAUUUGUAAAUUGGAGUAUCUGUCAGAAAACAGACGGGGAAUGCUGGGUGACCCGCUGAUGAGCCGAACCCUUCUCAUCUGUGUCAUGCAGCGGCAUAAUAUCGGCAACUCACGCGUGCAUAGGCUUUUGGCUAACACCUUUGCUGUUAGUAUGGUACCCAUUACCCCAAGGAUAUUGACGAAAUUAACAGCAGGAGCAUUUAAAAAACACCUGAGUUAGUAUGACCUAAAUAUACAAACAUAAGCAACAUGAUGUACUAUAUCAGACAGCUGAACAUUACUUUUUCGGAAAGAGUGACAACGGAAUUGAAUAGCUUUCAAACAACUGUAUUCUAUGCAUUACGAAGCCAAAAAAAGUUGUCAGGAAAAAAUAAAUGUUACAAUCAUAAUUCGGUUGUGUAACCGUAUCAGAUGCAAGUCCUUUUAUAUACUGGAUACGCCAGAAGAAACGCUCAUUAUAUGAAAAAACACUGUCAGCGUCAUGCGUUAAUAUGUUUUUAAUGUAGUGAAAAAUGGAAUACGUGAGGGUUAUGGUUGUGGUGGAAACAAUGAGUUUUGUAUAAAAACUUUACUAUGAAACAGGUUACGAUCUCUUGGCAACGGGCGUCCUCUAGCUUAAAAAGUCUGUCAACUAACACGGUAUAAUGCCCCACAGUAAUGUGCAAAACAAUAUUUUUGAAGCUAGGACUUGGCAUUGUUCAUCCUUGCAUCCGGAGCCAUAGAUGUAUUUCGACCACAAAACAGCAGCAUGACUUUAGCCCAUUUUAGCCAAACACAUUCGCAUUUCACAGUUUAAAAACAACACAGCUGUAGACAAGGAAAUUUGCUCUUUAUUAUUAAUAUCUACCUGAAAUGGCGUACUUUACUGCUGAAAACUCAAGUAUAGUUCCUGCACUGGUUCAUAUUAAAUCAAAGCAAAAAUCUGUAUACCUUAGUAGUCGAGUGACAUAUGAAUUGGCUUGUAGCCGCGAAGGUCCUUAGAUAUAUAGCUUGCAGUGAUGGGCUAUUAUCAGAUUGGUUUACGCUUGAUGAUGUUUAGUCAGAUGUCCUACUUAGGUCAUGACCGCAGACUGUGCUCAUUUAACAUCCAACCCAUAUUUGGUCACUUUUGGAAUUGCUACUCUAACUGCCUAAAGAAAAGUCAAUAAACACUAGGUAAACAUAACUGGGGGGCACUCUAAAAACAGCAGCGUUUAAUUGCGUAUCUCGGGCCUCACCUGUGGGCAGCAACAUGGCAGUUUUCAGUAGUAGUGAAAGGGCAUGUAGGCUUAUUGAUAGAGUUCUCUGCAGGUUAUUGCUGGGAACUAAGACUACAGACUUCUGCUACGAUAACAUCAAGGGCCGCCAGCCGGACAUUCAUCACCACAUCACUCCACGCCAUUCCGCGAUUAAGGCUCUCUGAUCACGAGUUUAGCCAUUUCAACUUCAUUAAGAUUUUCAGAUGUUGCAUUCAUUUCAACCGGUUACAGAAAGUCUCACUAACUGGCUAGAUGCCUAACUUCAUGAUUUUUACGUCUACAUGAUAACGCAGGAAGAAAGUUUCUGAAUAAUCUGAGAAGGCGCCAUGCUUUAGCGCAAUUUAAAAUAACAGAAUAUUCAACAUAUUUAAUAAACUUUGGUUGAGAUUUCGCAAAACCGCUGUUUUUGAAGAUUGUUUAUAUAAUGUUAACCAAAGGCUGGCACAGACUGAAACAUGGACAGCCGUUUUGGUGCGGCAUUUGAUGAUCGAUUAGUCUUUUAUUAUAAAAUGUCUCAGGUUGUAGAAAACUCUAACUUGGCUUCAUUUUGAGCAGAACAUUUUCUACACGAUUUCCUAAAUUCCAGUCUUCGAAAGGGACAGUACAUUUGCUAAGUCAAAAUGUCCCUUAUACAACCUUGGGAAGACUAGAGGUAACACAUUUCAUUUUAAUGAUGAAAUAGACUUUUGAUAUGCAGACCAACACUGUGACUAUUUAUAUCUAGUACUUAUAAACCUUAGUGAAUUACUAGAGAAAUACAAACGCACGAACAUGCAAAAACUAGCCAAACUUUCCGAACGGAAAGCAUUUCCAUUUGCAGAAGGACGGUCAAGUGUUUUAAUAACGUGCAUGCACAAAUAAGCGGAAGAAAAAGGCGGUGGCAAAUUAUCUAGGCAAACAGGCGUUCGUUUGCAUUGGUGUUAAGAAGAUCCAUACAAUAAUUUCGGUAUGUAACUACCAGAACAGUUCAAAUGUCGAAAGGAAUAAAAGUGAUGUAAAUAGCAAAAGACACAGGGACAGUAAUUAGCUAAGCGUAUAUCGGGUCAGGCCGACAGUUUCAACUAACGAGUGGCAAAGGUAAACCCUACCUCGCACCUAAUUCUUUAAACCCAACGACGUUGGCCUCAUUUAAAAUGCCGGUAAGGACUAGGUUUGCAGUUUUGAAGAUAGAUUUUUCGACUCAGACAUUUAUCGGAUGUGUUUUAUAAAUUUUUGGCUAGCCUAUUUUUCACAUAGCGCUUGCAAGUAUCCAAAAUUAAUUUAAGUAUAUUAAGCAUGGGAGUUGAAUACACCUAGUACGGUAUGCCCUGAAACUCGCGAAAUACUGAAGGAGAUGUUUGGUAUGCUUUCAUAUAAAACAAUACUUGCGUUCGGCUGAAAAGUUAGACAUAUGUGAACAAAUGUUUGUUAUUAACGUAAAAACAGACGAAAGUGCCAAGUAAUCAUUAUUUGUGAAACAGUUGAGUGUACCUUGAACUGGAUGUAUAUCGGUUUUAAAACUAGGCAAUCCCGUAAAUGCUGACAUGCAAUAUUUGCUUUCACACUCUCGUAUUUUGAAAUUGAUUGUUCUGUAACCUCUUUUGAUGUUGUCGUGCGCAACCCCAAACGUUCGCUGAAAGUAAUCUUCCGCAGAGACCACCCCGUGCUCGUAAAUUAUUGUAAUAGGCAUGGAUCAGGCGAAUGUCUUUUAAGCAACACUGCCACACCCUGUGUCAGUUGGCCUUUUGAAUAGCAAAAAAUGGCUGACAAUCAAAAUCUUUUUCAAUAGCAUAAAAUCGUUCUAUAUAAAAAUUAUGAAAAGUACACAACUUUCCAUAAAAUGCGACUCAUAUGAAGGCUUAAGCAGUUUAUUACAAAAAAAAACAAUCUGAAAUGCGCAAUACAUAGGCAUUUAUGAAGUGUGUACUCAGUAUAACUAUUGUGGAGAACGAUCUAUUAAAAAUCGGUACUAGGCAUACUUCAAGUGUACCAACGAUUAGGCUUCCCAUAGUUAAUUUUGACUCAUGCGCCAGAUAUAUUUUCCAUCUGAAGGGUAAAUAACCAUUUCCACCAAUGGUUCAUCAGUUUCGUUGUAUGUAAUGCUUCUGCUUGUUCGCAAAGCUAUGGCCUUGAAAAUGAAAGCCAGAUUUCAUCAUGUUCACUGUUUUACAAGCCAGUGUUCCGUUUAAAAUGGAUGGUCCGGCUUCUUUUGUCGUAUAAUUGAAGUCGUGCAGAGUUCACUGAUUUUUCUGAUUUGUAAGCGAUAUUCAAAAAUCAGGUUUACAUUUCCCCUGAAUUGAGAGGAGAAUCAAGUUACGAUCCCAAUACUAAAUAGGAUGUUACACUUACCUAAGGGUCUCAUCGCCCAUCUGCGUUAACAUCAUUCGAAAAAAAUCUCAAAAUAAAUUGGCUUUUAAUUGAUUUUUGGAGUUUUGUAUAAGUCAAGUCACAUUUUUCCGAGAAGAAUGCGCGAGAAUUGGGUGAUGGCGAGUAUACUUCCUCUAAAUCUAACAUUCCACCUCUUAGUAAUGGGUAUUUUCGAAAAUCACACAUCGGUACUCCCUGUUCUAAUGCCGAAAAAUUUCAACUGCCAUUCAUGGGGUUUUCAUGCAAUUUAUAUUGAUGCAAUAUUAUAUGCGCAUCAAUAGGUCUCUUUCUAACUGCACAAAGAAAUAUCGAGAGAAAAUAUUUGACGGCAAUUUGUGGAAUCUGAUGUUUUGUUGAUAUGACUCAUUGUUUUCAAAAUUUAGCGAAGAUAGCACACAUAUUUAUAAUUUAUUUAUAAUUACAUAUGGGUUCUGAAACAAAAAUAAUUUUCCACGAAAUGUGCAUGUUCUCUAGAAGGCAUUGCGUGAUGGUUAAAUUCCCUCUAUGACGCAAACCCUACACGCUACCUAAGUAACGAAACCUUGUAAACUACUCCUUAUUUCUCACGCGAAAAUGUUCCAUUUUAAUGAAUCUUGCCACCCUAUUUACGCAAUACUUUAAUCUUGGAAGUAUUUCAAAAUAGUUUAACCAUGCUUUAUUAGCUUUUGCGGUAUUCCCCAACCCUUUCUUGCAUAAACUAGGUUUAAGUUUUGUAUUUAGGCUCCUGAACAACUACUAGAGGUGACGGGCAACUAUUCGCAAGAACUGACUCUCAACAAGGCCUCUCGACACUCGUUUGAGGAAGAAUUGACCUGGGGCACAGAUUACACAAUUGGUGUUGACCCGGACUGCACUGCGACCGUGAUGGUACGAACUACCUCUUUGUACUCCUUAAAACUUUACGACAAAGGGGUUUUCACUUCGAGCGUCAUUUCAUGGUUGAGAUUAAAUGCAUUAAGUUUACCUUUGACUGACAGGUUUUUAUUUUGACUGGACCUAAAGAAUUUCUCCAUGUAUAUCGGAACACUGAUAUCUUUAGCAAUAAUUAUGCUUCAGAAAUAUAGAAAGGUUACUUUUACCUUACUCCGAGGUAUGCCCUAGGUAGUCAUGUGCACAUUAGACUGCCUGGUUUAAUUUUCUAACAGUUAUCUCAGAAAAUACGUCAAGACAUCGAUUUGGCCACUUCAUAAUUUACUACCAAAAUUUUGUAUUUUUGUGACGAACGUUACAAAAAAUCCUGUAUUUUACAUCCUAAAAAUAUCUGAAACAUGACUGCAGUCGUUUAAUAGGUGACCGCUUCAAGUAAACUUCUUACGACGCCAGAAAUCAGCGUCAGUCUUACUCAGUAAACCUCUUCCGGACAUUAAUUUUAGUCUAUGCACUAAAAGCAUUGCACAGGUGGUCAGGGCGAGAAUGUACUUCUGAGUCGAAACGAUGGAAAUUGACGACAAUCCAAGAACUACUCAUAAGGUUGGGCUUUUCUAUUGAUUAUCGCAUGUGAUUAUCUUGAUCAAACUGUCCAACGGCCGCGAUCGCGACUGCGUAGGUCUGGGUAAUUACAAAGUCAACACGACACGGGUUCAAGUGCAGUUGAAUGAGCUAUAUGCAAAAAAUGAUGCAUGCCCAAACCAGAAGUUAGCCAACGCUAGUAGUUGGGCAUCGCUGACUGAUGACAGUUAGUGAGUCAACUUCAGCGUCCCCGUAUUUGCGGUCCCCAUAUGCUUGCAGGUUACCAUGGGACUUUGAAAUAAGGUCAAAAGAAUACCAGUUUUUUCUCAAAAGCGGCAGAUAUUUUAUUGCAUAUUAAUAAGAUCGUGUAAAUUCAAACGUGCAACUGUAAUGCGAGGAUAAUUUAAUGUUUUUUAGUUAGGUAACUAGUGAAGAUACUUUGAAGUGGGCUGGACUACCCUUUAUAUAGUUCAUAUAUCGAAUAAGCUCGCAUACAAAUGUAGUAACUUCGUAUUUUAAGGACAUUCGAGGUUGAAGGCCCACGAUUCGCAGAUUUUUGUUUGAGUAUAUGUUCUGUAAAAUUGCACUAUCAAUCGUUCGUACUUUUGAGGGGAUGGUCAAGUCAAAAGUGCGGUCACAAGCUUCCAAUAAAAUGCAUAUGAAUAUCUCAUUGGACGCACUGCUCUCCCUCGAAAUUACAUUUAAUUCCUGUUUGCUGCAGAAAUGUCGUCUGAAAAAUAUCAUGUUUAGUAGCGUGUUUGCACAUUUUUCAGAAGCAGAGCGAAAAGAUGGUUAAAUCAAGCAAUCAAGUGACCUGACGUGACCUCAUUUAAUUUCAAAAUUUAAUGGGACAGAGAAUCUUUGAAUGGGUCAGCGCAGGUCCGUUAGGCACAUAGUUGCAUCAUGACCCGUCAAAAGGGCGUAUCCUGGGGAAAGGAGCAUUUUAAAGAAAUUUCAAACUAAAUUUCGGUCGAAAGGUACAAAUUAGGCUUUCGAGGUCUACGGUCGUGACUUUGAGCCAACACGUGUUCUGCAGCUGCUGACCAAUGGUCUAGCCUUUUGAAUAAGAGCAAAGUUAACAUUUUAUUGACUAACCGAAGUCCUUUUUGUUUGCGAAGGUUGAAGAAGGGUACACGCCAUGAGUCCAUAUUCGUGAAUUUAAAGGUAGUUGCCUUUGACCGUUUGUUGCUCUUAGCUGUGAGCUGUCAUCACUUCUGAACUGAUGUGGUUGUCACAAAACCCAUGUUUCUCUCAAAUGCUGAACUCGCACUUUUAUCCCCUCCUGUGUUGUACAGGAACUACUGAGGCGGAAAGCAUCCUUGAGGGCAGAGAUGUUGUACCCCUUGUUGCUGACAUUAUCGUUGGAUGCUUGCCAAAUUAACCGUCAGAUAUUAGUGACGGUCAUGAAGGCACUGCGUUCCUUAGCCCCUUGAGCUCUCGUUGUGAUUUCAUGAACUUCUUGCUGGUGCUCGAAAUGGGGAUUACCUUUGCCAACGAGAUAGCUGAGAAAAACACCCAACGAUAAGUCUACCCAUGAAAAAUUAUGUGUUCAGUGAAUCGGGAUAUUUGGGGAGCAGAUAUGUGUGUUUACGUGACGUCAGAGUACAGUGCGACUGUUUGCAGGUCUUUGUCACUUAUUCCUUCAUUCCACUCAACGCAGAACUUUCUAAUAGAAGAUGAUCCAUAUCUUUUUUUGUUUCUGAUGAUGGGUUCGAACAGGAAUCCGAAACGGCAGGCGAAUAAAGCCUUUGUUCCAGCGAUCGUGUCAUCUUCUUCGAGCGGAACUGUUUGUUAAUCCAAUUUCCCUACUACCACAGUUUUUCAUUUCACCGACCGUAAUUAUUUACUAGACAGGAACAUCAUGUGAAAGCACGGAAGUGAUUCUCUAGAGGAUAGGCGAGCGAUUGUUUUUACCAAAAAAAACAGCAUGAUUCUUGAAUGUCUGCGUGUAUAAUUCUAAUUCAUCAUGCCUGCUCGCUCUGCUGUGUAGCAUACGGUGGACAUCAUCGGUCUCGAUGGUCGAACUGUCAUAAUUAUAACUACUUUAUCAGGUUUUGAAGGUAAUAUAGUAACUGUGGACAAGUGAUCACUAGAACGACCGGAGACAAUUUCGGAUGACGAAAAAACACUUGGCGGGGCUGGUAAAGUGAGCAAUGGUAGGAUAAAGAAACCGAAGAGAGCGCCUAGGGGUCGUUGGGGCAUUUACUGUGGAGGAUGAACCGUAUGGGCCUCGUACUGCAGUAGACAGUGAGCUUGCAGUAGGGUCCUCUGCAUCCUAGGAAGACUCCUUUCGAACAGACCCGUUCUUUUUACCAUACAAGGCAAACACUCUCACAGCUGAUACAAGCGAAGAUGCGAGUUCCAGGAUUCAAGUAAGAGUCCCAAACGUCAGGCGAAUAAGGCCCUUGUUCCAGCGGUCGCUUAUUCUUCUGAUCAACUCUCACAGCUAUCUGGUGCUGUGCCCAAACGACUUUGUUAGAACCUAUUCGUUGUCCACUUUCCAUCGGGCAUCCAAGAAUGGAUUCAUAAGUAGUCCUCUAAGCGCACAUUGUUGGUCAAAUGGGCAACAACUUUUUGAAAUCCUGGUAUGCUUUGCUACAGACGGUACCUUGAAUGGGUCUACAACAGGGAGUGGCAUGGAAAAUUCUUGCAGGAUGGCCUUCAGUUGGUACUCCUCUCUAAACAACCGGCGUGAAUCUUGCCGUGAAAACAUUCGCCACACACGCAACUGUUUUUUUUCAGAACUCAUGAAUUGUUCACUAGGCUUAGCAAAAUUAGGCAAACAAACAUUUCCUAGUUUCCGCAACUUAGGAAAAAUCACAUUUCAAAAUUUCUUCAGUCGAACGAAGAAAUUUUCUACUUCUAGUUCGAUAAGAAUGAAAAUACUGAGAAGCUUGCGUAGAUCUUAGAAAAUUCUAAUACCUGCACGGACUGAUGGAGUGACUCUUAACGGCGCACCAUUCAGUUUAUUUGUAGGGAUUAAUUUGGAACCUAUCUAAGCAAUCAUUUCCAGAUGAAAACAGACCUAAGCAGUAGACAUAUUUUUCGGAUGCAGACGCAUGCAAAAAGUCCCAACAUGACGCAUGUGUGCGCAAAAAUAGAUAGUAAAAGACAUGAACAGCACAAACACUAAAAUAAAUGCCUAGGAUAGCAGUAAGAUCAUCAGAGCACAACUGUGGAAUGAAGAGCAGCCAAUCAAACGCUUCAUGAAAGGCAAAGUCUUUAAAAGGUUAUAAUUACAUACAUACAGUAGAUGUGCUAACUCGUGAAAUGUCAACCAAAAUUUCGAAAUGCGUUCUCGUUUCGAAAAGAUAAAUUAAGUAGUGUUGUAAAAUUAAUCAUGAUGCAGCAUAAAUCUAUAAUGAUCCAGUUACCGCAGGGUGUCCGGCUUUUGAAAGAACUUAUUUUCGGCUGCGUGCAAGAUCUAUAUACUGCAAAAAAUGACUACUUGUUUAGCAUGCAAUUUUCUCAUUGAUUUUCAAUGCCCUUGAAAAUUCAAUUAUAUUUCAUGAAAAACAUGCAUAAAAAUAUUCAUUCUUUUACUUAUUCGGUAGAAAAUCACGUCUUCUUCCAAUUUUAUAGUCAAAAGAAGAGUAUAAUUCGGUUUUAAAAAACUUUUCUAAUUCCCGAAUAAUUUUGAACCCGACCUGCUGUUGCACUUGCAUUCUGGGUUUCAAAACUGCAAGCUGUAUAUUUUCCGUGUACAGAAAACCAUGCAUUUCUCUACGGUGUUAAGAGGAGACAAUAUGAGUUUCAUAAAAUUAAGCAGUGGAUUUGAGCAAGAUUGUUAACUUUACAAGCCACCUUCGUAAAUGCAGAUACAUGACGUUUCAUGAACGGCUAUUUAACGGUGUUAAAAAAUCUCACAAUUAGAAACUUUUGUAAAACCGAAUUAUACUCUUCUUUUGACUAUGAAAUUGGAAGAAGACGUGAUUUUCUACCGAAUAAGUAAAAGAAUGAAUAUGUUUAUGCGUGUUUUCCAUGAAAUAUAAUUGAAUUUUCAAGGACAUCAAAAAUCAAUGAGAAAAUUGCAUGCUAAACAAGUAGUCAUUUUGGCAGAGUAUAGAUCUUGCAUGCAGCUGAAAAUAAGUUCUUUCGAAAGUCGACACCCUGAGGUAACUGGAUCAUUAUAGAUUUAUGCUGCAUCAUGAUUAGUUUUACAACGCUGCUUAAUUUAUCUUUUCGAAACGAGAACGCAUUUCGAAAUUUUGGUUGACAUUUCAUGAAUUAGCACAUCUACUGCAUAGAUAUAUUAGUAGGUGAAGGCAGGCUUCGCCUUCUCAUUAUAUCACCUCGGAAUGCGCACUACAUCAGUUAUUCAGUAUGAAUAUAUGCUUAAAGACAGGCAUCUCAAGAAAAAUAAUUUGGUAGUAGGUUCUUUGGGAACAUGUGUCAAAACUCGUUGAAAGAUUCCUGAGUAAAAAUCAAAUACAAGUGAUGCGCAGACCGGUGACUACCUUAUGCGGUCGGCUUGUAUAUCCCAAGGAUAUGUCUGACUAUCUGCAGCAGAAGAAAGUCGCUUACAAAAUCCCACGUGAGGCGUGCGAUUCCGUAUAUUAUGGCCGAACCGGAAAGUCCGCCUCCACGCGCAUCCAAGAACAUCAGUUAACUGUUGAGAGGCGAGACCACCUGUCUCAAAUGUCCAUGGACACAUUCGAUAACCGGCAUUCUUUUACAUGGGACAUGACUCGCAUCGUCGGCAUAUGCCCUACCUAAAAAGAGCAAGAACUUUUUGAAGCCAUGCACUCAGAUGACUCAUGCAUUAAUCGGCAUACUGAGUUAAGCGACAUAUACAAAAAUCUCAAGGAAAAGUGGAAGAAACGGUAACCAAUCGAUACACAAUAAUGUAUGCGGCGGACACCUACUCGCAGAAUCGCCGGAGAGGUAUUGAUUUUUUGGACACAUUUGAAAUAAUGUUACGAAUAAAGUUCUUUCUUCUCCCAAAGAACCAACUGUCUUCAAAUAUAUACAUAAUGGGCAAAUGUAACCAUAAGUACACUGUCUUCUACAUGUUAUUAAAGUUUUCUUCCAUAAAAUAAUUAAAGGCUUAUACACAAAUAAUGAUAGCUUUUCCGUCACGACUAAAUAAAAUGUUUUUCAAAUUUUAUGCUUUUUAAGAAAUGUUUGCUCAGUGUUUAUUCCAAUUUUUUGAAUUUAAGUGAGCUAGACAUAUAGUGCGCAUUGGUAUUGAAAUAUUUCUCAUAAGGCCAACUUUGGUUAAGGUCAGUAUCCUUAAUUGGGUUAAAACGAAAACUAAGCCAUAAAGGCGUACCACGAUUUACUUAUAUUUCGAAAAGUCACUGAAUAUUGGGCUUUUUUGCUAUGUUCUGCGAAAUAUUCCUGUAAGCGUGGAAAGUGUAUGCACGCUAGAACAGAAAUAGUCUUUUGGAGUUGUAAGUACUUUUUCAAGCAAAAAACCAACUAAAUUUACGAACUGAGGUUUCUGAAGAAGACAGGACAUCUGUUCUUUCGUAAAUAACGCGUUUUCUUAUAUGUGAUCCCACUUUGCUUAAUGGCAGGGAGAGUGGCUUUCAGACUGUGGAAUUCGCUUUGAUAAAUAUCUUUCAGGUAGGGUAACGUGCAUUUUUAUCAUUGACUGCGCAAAUGUUCGCAUAAAGUUACGGUAAGUACUAAUAUUGACAAAAGCCUAUCCGUAAAAAAGAAUUUACUCUUUUACAAAUACUUGCACAGUUUCGUUUAUAACAUAAUUCAGCAACAUAGUCCGCUUUAGAAGCUUACGUCUCGCUAACCUGUGAAGCAAAUAAUUAAAACUGUGGGCCGUGCUGAUCGGUCUUUCGGAUUCCGAUCAGUAGGGUUUACCAGUCGGGUCAUGAUAUCCAUUCCAUAAAUUAGAAAAAUAUCAUCUAAAUAAAAUGUACUUGAGGAAAUCACUCGCAUAUUGACUCCCUAACAUCUGCCAAACGUUGAAGAGAAGGAGCACACUUAUCCGUCAACUACUGUCGUCCGACCAAUAAAUGCAUAUUAUAUUAAGGGACAGUGUUUGGAGUAAUGGCAAAGUAGCCGAACGUGUUAGUCUAAAAUCUUCCCACUGUCGUCUAUGCUAAUUUUACCUUAUUUUAUGCCUACAGUUAAAAUAAACUCUGACCGCUCGGCUAGACGUUGAUUAAUUCUGAGGCAGCCCUUCGUAUCCUAGGAUUCGCUGGCCAUUCCGAUGCAGCGAACCAAAUAUUUCAAUGCUCAUUUGAAGUCUUUAUUUUAAAAUUGAGGUUAUGUAUGAGUUUUUGGAAACAAAGCCCCCCAUAUCGUAACCGUUUUCCAACGUUUUAGGUUACGGUCAAAGAAGGACGAAAGACAUGCAAGUUCAAAGUGAGAACGAAUUUCUACGGAAAAAUUCGAGCCUCCAUGAUCGAUAAGAAGAAUCCGAAGUCCUUCAUGCAAUUUACUGAACAGGAUAUUGAAAAAAUCCUAGCGGAAGAUCUCCUGCUGCGUCGUUGUGGUCUGCUUGAGCAGGACAAGACCACCAAGACUGUUUACCUUGUCAGCGAGGGGCAGUACACGUUCCGGGUCAAUGCCCAGCAGAAAGUUGAGGUGAAGCAGAAGGCAAAUGCUACGAAUAAUCCUUCAUCCCAAAAAAACUGUGAGCCUGUAUAA